AAUCAUGAUGCGCUUCAGCAAUCGCACACUUCAGUUCUGUCACCAACAGAAGAUAUCUCGUUCAUAGUCCUAGGUUUGCAUCUUGACUCGUUAUUAUACUGCCCUCGAUGACGACGCUUCACCUCCAGACCGCAAACAAUGAGAUCCGGGGCAAGCUAGCGCUUGUCACUGGCGCCAGUGGAGGAAUCGGAUCAGCAUGUGCUAGGGCUUUAGCUGGUGAGGGAUGUGACGUUGUACUGCACUACUCCUCAAGUCAGGCGAAGGCAGAGGCAAUUGCAAAAGAACUCCGGCGUUUGUACCCAUCGCAACUUUUCGUCUGCGUCGCCGCCGACCUUUCCGACCGGGAAGCGACGCGAAAUUUGGUCCCAAAUAUACUAAAUGACGAGCGCGUGGCCCGAAAACACAAGACGAUAACAAUCCUCGUGGCAAAUGCCGGCCUUGGGAAACGUAUUCGCGAUGUCCAAGACAUUGAAGAGGACGACUGGGAUCAGAUGAUGGAAAUCAACGCUCGGAGCCAAUUUGUCGUCACAAAGGGAUGCUUGGCCGGAAUGAGAUCGCAAGGUUUGGGACGCAUUAUCCUUAUAGGGAGCAUUGCGAGCCGAGGUGGUGGUAUCAACGGAUGCCACUAUGCCGCAACAAAAGGCGCUCUUUGUUCCAUGGGACUGAACCUCUCUACGUUGCUGGCUCCCGAAGGCAUCACUGUGAAUGUUGUCUUGCCUGCCAUGAUUGGGGCGACUGGGAUGAUACCGGAACCCAAAUCAAACAGCUGGAUGAGCAACACGGACAUGGAAGCUUUGAGAGCGACCGACCCGGGCCUUGCCAUCGUUGGGAGCAUCCCAGUGCAUCGACUGGGCUUGCCAGAUGAGGUUUCAAACGCAGUGGUGAUGAUGGCAAAGACGGGGUAUAUGACUGGGCAGGAAAUCAUUCUGUCGGGGGGGUUGAAGUAGAUGCAGCCAUCUGGGUAGUGGUGAGACAGAUAGGAGAGCGACAAACUUCCACUCGACCAGGGCCUCAGUCUUGCAAGAAUAUCAUAAGCAUUCGAU